AUGGCUCCCAAGUCCCUGCUCUAUACUCUCUUCUCCACCCUUAGCGUCGCUCUUGCGGCGUCCAUCCCUCAGACCGACUACGAUGUGAUCGUCGUGGGUGGAGGCCCGGCUGGGUUGAGUACCCUGAGCAGUCUCGGACGUAUGAGACGCAGGACUGUGAUGUUCGACUCGGGUGAAUAUCGCAAUGCUCCUACGCGGGAGAUGCACGAUGUGAUUGGAAAUGACGGGACCCCGCCCGCUCAAUUCCGUGCGCUCGCCCGCCAGCAGAUCUCCAAGUACAACUCGACCAGCGUCCUCGACAUCAAGAUCGAUUCCAUCACGCCCAUCGAGGACACCGCAGCCAACACAUCGUAUUUCCGCGCUAUCGACGCCAACGGCACCCAAUACACGUCGCGCAAGGUCGUCUUGGGCACCGGACUGGUCGAUCUGAUCCCCGAUGUCCCCGGUCUGCGCGAAGCCUGGGGCAAGGGCAUCUGGUGGUGUCCCUGGUGUGACGGGUACGAGCACCGGGACGAGUCCCUGGGGAUCCUCGGCGGAUUACCCGACGUUGUGGGCAGCGUACUGGAAACGCACACUCUGUACUCGGACAUCAUUGCCUUCACUAAUGGCACCUACACGCCCGCCAACGAGGUCACCCUGGCCGCCAAGUACCCGAACUGGCAGAAGCAGCUCGAGGCGUGGGACGUUCGCAUUGACAACCGCUCGAUUGCCUCGAUUGAGCGUGUCCAGAACGGCGACGACCACCGUGAUGAGACCGGUAGACAGUUUGAUAUCUUCCGGGUUCAUUUCACCGAUGGAUCGACCGUCGAACGGAACACGUUCAUUACGAACUACCCUACCGCGCAGCGCUCCACCCUCCCUGAUGAACUGAGCCUAGUCAUGGUGGACGAUAAGAUCGACACGACAGAUUACACGGGGAUGCGGACGAGCGCACCGGGCGUGUACGCGGUUGGUGACUGUAACAGCGAUGGGAGCACGAAUGUUCCGCAUGCGAUGUUCAGCGGGAAGCGAGCGGGUGUCUAUGUGCAUGUCGAGAUGUCCCGCGAAGAAUCCAACGCCGCCAUCUCCAAGCGCGACUUCAACCGCAGAACCCUGGAGAAGCAGACCGAGCGCAUGGUCGGCAACGAGAUGGAGAAGCUCUGGAAGCGGGUGCUGGAUAUGCACCGGGAAUGA